CGUCAUUCGCUUAAGCGGUGUUAAUAAUGAGAUAUUUAACGGUUUUAACUUUUCUUACUGUCUGCGUAAUGGGCUUACUGGCUGCUCAACUAGCCCAUAAUAAUGCUGUCGAGUUUUCGACAACAUCAACGAUCUCUACGCUAACUCAAGAUUUAGAGGAGCUUUUUCAUAUGGUGCCUUUCAAAUCAAUUAAACGUCUAGUAACGCGCUAUUUGUUAAACGAUCAACAAUUUCAAAAUAUUAUUCGCAUUAUUAAUUCGAAUGACGCUCACGUCGCUUAUAUGCGCUUUCGCACACAGCCCGAAGUGAUAGGCUUUCGCAAUUGGGUACGUGUACAGUUAAUGAUGUCAGGCGGUGAAUUGUCUUCAAUGGAGGAAUCUGGUGAAUUGGUUAUAUUUAAUCGUUCGCCAUAUUGGUCGAGUACGGUCUACGGUUGGCAGGGAUUUGUUAAUGAAUUUCUUAUGUAUUAUCCUCAAGAUCUAUUAAGUACACAUAUUAAUAUGAAAGUCGCUGAAAAUGGAGAUUUUUCGCAGCUUUGGACGCGUUUACAAAGUUUGCAAGUAGUUUACGAACGUGUAAUUGCUUAUCCGGAAGCUCAACGUGUUAUAGCCGCUUUAGAGGACGCUGGUGUUAAUAUCGAACAAUUUGAUCAUUUUAUACGUAAUCUAUUUGGUUGGUCAACGGUUGCAUCUGCACAUUAAUUAAAAAAAGCAGCAAAACCGUUAUAUGUUUCCGAUCUUAAAAAUCCAGCAACAUU